CUGAGACUAAAAAGUUCAUCCCAUCAUGUAGGAGAGACACUUGCCAAUUGCGGGGUGUCGAACGUUGUAAACAACGUAGGAAACAUCGUGUGGUACCCGCAUUAGGGUAGGUCAUCAGCUUUUGAACGUUUGUCACAACCAUUGGCGUCUUACCUGGUAAGACGUCAAUGGUCACAACACAACAGAGAUUUUUUCGCGAGAUCCCGUUGUUAACAGGAGCAUCUGCUAGCUGUGAGAUUCCAUAGAACAGGAUCUCAAAAAAAUUCAUUCAACGAUAGAAUUGUACUUUCAUAAUAUUUGGAGACUUGUCAUUACUCAACGAAUAAAAACACUUUGAACUUUGUAAGUAGGUAAUUGCAAGUAAAACUGUCUGGUGUUUGCAAGUUAUUUGGCCACCAGUUGUCUGGCGUGACCACGGGAUAAUUUCAAUUGAAAGUUGCUGAUGGUUUCCAGCCCUGUUGCGCUUUAUUAAUGUUCUUGUCUUGGAGAAAUUCGAUAUUUCGUGAAAAGACUCGGCACUGAAUGAUAUCAGGAACAUUACCCAUCACUAUCACAUAAGAACUGUGACUGUGGCACGAGUGAUUGUGAUACAUAACCCAACUUUUAACUUGUCGCAGUUCGAGGAAUGUUUAUUUACCUACUAAUCAUUAAUGAAGUAUUAUUGUUACUAUUGUGUGAAAUCUCUGAACACUGAACAAUGAGUCUACAACCAGUUGUGCGGAAUGUUCCUCAAACAGACCUGAUAAGUGAGCUUCGUUUUUUCUUGAAAGGAUCAACAAAAAAGGAAAAAUGUAGUCCUUUAGACCUCACCAAGUCUGCUUUGACCCUUUUAAAGAGUCUUCCAGCUACUAGAAUAGCAGUUUUUGAGUACUUCCGCAAUGUUUUCGAUUCAGCAGCCCUUAAUUACAUUGAAGGAGUAGAGGUUGAAAUCAAGACAGGAAAGGUUGUUCCAAUUUCUGAAUCAGAUGAGCAUAUUAUCUCCGAUAUACACUCUGUUUUUGCUGCAUUAAUAUCUGAAAAUCCAGUAGCAUGGGCUCCAUGCAUAAGUACAUGGUCUUUGGAGCUAUUAGGAGAGAUCUCCACAAAAUAUGCUGGGCGAGCUCAUUUUUCAGCAAAUUUAAAUGAAACCUUGCAAGUGUGGAUGACCUGCAGAGCUACUAGAUCUUUGGUUGACAUAAACACCAAAUGCCUUUCCAGCUUGAUACACUCUGGUACUGAUGCAUGUAUAAGUGCAUUGCUAGAUGCUUCCGUAAAACAUUCUCCACACUUUGACUGGGUGGUUGCACAUGUGGGAAGCUGUUUUCCAAAUACUGUGAUUACAAGGGUACUGUCUGUUGGUCUAAAGGACUUUUCCCUGCACAAAUCCUAUGAACAAGUCAAUAGUUCACCAAAAUUGAAGUCAGUAGUCGGUAUAUUGGGACAUCUAGCAGGCAGUCAUGUCGAAGAUAUCAGGAAGGCUAUUUUAGAAAUGUUCAAGUGGAGCUUAAGCGAAGGAUUGGAUGAUACUGAAAGUACCAGAUUGCAAAAGAAAGCCACAGUACCAUAUAUUUUGCAGCUAAUUCAUCUUUCACCAACGUUACUGCGAUCAGUCUGCUCUGAUACUAAGAAUACAUUGACCCCGGAAGUGAUAGCGAUGCUAUAUUACUUACUAGGCGACUGGAUAAAAUAUUUUGGAACUCCUGAAGCUCUGGAGGAAUUGAUAGUUUCGUUAAUAUUAAGAUGUGAUAGUGGAGGGGUGGACAUAAUUAAACUCUUACUGGAUUGUAUACAAAUUCGAGAUUGUAAAGGCACAAAUGAGAUGAAGCAAGAUAUAAUUGAAAAAUCGAAAGAAAUUCUUGUAACUGUCAUCCAAGAAAUUGACGGAUCAGUAAGGAAAAAUAACCCUGUUGCUAUUGUGUCGUCGUUCAAAAAAGAACAUGAUAAAAUCAACAAAAUGCUCUUUAGCAAUGAAAAAAUUGCAUACGAUACGGCUUGUCGAAUCGUUAUCUUUUUAGGCCAUAUAGAACCAGCAGUGCUGAUUAAAUCCAUCGAGCACAUAUUGAGAAAUGCUUCCAAUGCAGGCCAACUGAGCUUACUAAUAAAAUGCCUGUCGAGCGACCUCAUAGACAAAAGCUUACCCCCAUACGAUAAUAAAAGCCAUUUGUCUAUCGUUUUGGAGCAAAUUUUGAAUAGGUACGAGCAGAAAUUCUACGGUGGUAACGAAGAAAAGACUGAUCUGGGUAAAAUGUGGAGCAACCUAUAUACCUUGUUACAAUGGGAGAAACAAGGAGUAAUAUCACUGGCUGGUUCUAGGAUAGUCAGCGGCAAUACCAAAGAGGUACUAGAACAACUCAAUAAAACGGGAAGAACGUCUAUCUUACAAUCCAGACUUGUUUCGAAAGCGAUAGAGGACAACUUGAUAAAACUCACAUCAUUGUUUGCGACAGAAACUUUGCACAUCCACGACAUGUCAGACAUCUUAGACGCAUUGGAACUGCCAAGUUUGAAAGAGCCUUCUAAUGUUAGAAUAGAGGUUGUAUUGAACUUGACUCAGUCCACAGUUAACUAUUUCUUUGCUUGUUGCAAAGAUGACGGUACAUCCAAUAAGCUGAGAGGUUUCAAAAAAGUCCGGCAGAUGCUGAAGAGACUGUGCACCUAUUCCAAAGUAGCUAGAGUGUUAGCUUUGAGAGAAUUGCUUGAAAGGUCGCUAUUCAGGAGCGAUAAUGUAUUAUUCGGAGCGAAAAGUACGGAGCACGGCGACGCAAGCGAAAAGGCUUUAUUGAAACAGAACAACAAAAUUAAUAAAACGAUACCGUUGACAAAACAUUCUUCUGUUUUUAACGGAGGAAUCAUAGGUUCCGGGAAGCGGAAAUCUGUAGCAGUUGAUGAACUUCCGGAAGAUUUUAUAGCUGCUAACACUCAACACUUGAUCGGUUCGAUAAGAGCGUGUUGUGCUCUGCAAGAAGAACAGAAGUAUUCGGACUUGUCCAGAGAUGGUAUGACAUUGUUGAGUUUGUUGAUGGUGCAGUUUGUUAGUCCUGAUGUUAUGUAUAAUGGACUACCGUGGCCAGAAGAAGAGUUUUCUAAGGUUACAAUGGAAAGAGAUCUGUUCAUCCAAAGGUUGUUUGCUACAACUCCGUUACUGUGGGACCUACUAAGUUUCGUAGCAGUCUAUAGACCAGCUAUAUGUUACUGUUCCGUACUGUUGAGAGCAUUAACUGCCACUUUGAUUCACCAGUGGAAAAGUAUGGGCGAACAGAGUAAAGCCGAUGAAAGCGAAAACUACAAGAGUUUAAUGGAUAUGACAGUAAAGGUAAUAGACAUCAUGGCAUUGGGACAACUGCUGCCACCUCCUUUGAGCAGUAUCAGAGAUGUGAUCCCUUAUUUGAAAUGCUACGAGAUCGUCUCAAUACUACGAGAUUGCAUUUGGAGCUACAUGAAGGAUCACAUUCCUUCACCGACACUGUUUGGCCGCGACGCUAACGACAUCUAUUGGAGAGAUCCUGUGAUUGCACGAGCACCUGACAUUUAUACGAAUACCCUAAGAAUCAUUAUGCAGAGGAACAUUAAAUCAUUGGGGCACAUUUAUGGGCAAAUGUUCAUAAAUAUUCCAAGGCAUGAUUAGGAGAAGAAAGAUAUAUUUUUAGGUUAAACCAUUCAAUGAACAGACUAUAUAGUGAAUUGUGGGUGAUGAGAUCGCAGUGGAACGGAAAACAUGUAUGAUAAAAAUCGUUAUUUUUUGGCAUUUGUUGAAAAAGUUUUGACAUUUCCAUUAAGUUUUUAAUUCAUAAAAUGUAUAAGCAAUUUGUAGAUAGUUUUGAUAAGAAAGUGUUGGUAAAUUCUGCAAUGAACUUUAUUGAAACACGGACAUAAUUACAAUAUGUUCAAAUAUCAAUCGUUCUUAAAAUAUUGUCCAUGAAGAACCUUCAGUAUUUACGUCUAUACGAAUAUGUAAAAAAUACAUUGCUACUCUAUAAAAUCACAACCAUUUUGUUUUUGUAAUGUAACAUGACAUCUAAAUCAUUAACAAAGCUUACAUAUGAGGUCUGUAAAUUAAGUGUUGAGACUGGCAACGUAGCGUUCGAUCUGGCAACACUGGGACGCCGGG